GGACCUUCUCGUCGGGCUGCCCAACAUCUCUGGACCCUGCGCUGUUGCGAUUCUAGAAUCCGUUUAUGCACAGGUGAGAGCCGCCACCAGUAGCUUCACCUAGCUCGCAUCGGAACCGUGGGAUUAUACCUUUCAUCCACGUUUGACACUUAAAGCCACAACUUCGCCACUCAAUUGCCUACCAGGACUUCCACCUGCUCUUUACUUUUUGGCGGUAUUGACGCCGGCAGCGCCACCUCGAAAGCUACCAUGGGACUCCUCGAUCUUCCGCCAGAGAUUCUUGACCUGAUCAUUGACCGUACCGCACCUGAUGGUCUCGAAAGCUUCGUGCUCUCGUGUAAGACUGUGUAUGGACGUGCUGCAUCCCAGAUUCGACAGCACAAUGACCUACGGAAGACCUGGAGCCACACGACUAACAUGAGCCGGAGUCGUCGCGGUGACACAUUGGCUAUCUUGCACGACAUCUCGCGCGACCCAAUCAUUGCUGAGUAUAUCGAAACCCUUUCCCUCUGGGACCGACGGCAAGAUAAUGCAAUGCCCCCGCAUGAUGCCACACCGCACAGUUUCCGCCAAGAUGAGCAGGAGAUGGAAAAUAUAAAAGCUCUGCUGCAGCGCGCCGAAUAUUACGCCAAUGCUGACGAGGACGAGUGGUGGGGUCGCAUUCUGGAAGAAGACCGAGCGGGUGAUCAGGCGACCAUGGACAAGUUGUAUGCGACCGUCGCUUUGUUGAGUCUUCUACCCAACCUUAAGACGCUGCAAUUGCCUGAUAGGUGGCAUGAGGUCAGGGAAGGUGAGGGCGCCGAGGCUCUUGUUUCUCAUGUACAGUCGCUCGUCGCCAUGUCUAAUGCAAACGGGCACCGGCAGAAGCCCUUGGCUCGACUAGAGACCUUGUUGCCGUUCGUGGAAGAAGGGUAUGACGUCAGAGUUGGCUUGCAAUGUCUUGCGCCCUUCAUGACCCUCAACAGUAUUCGGAACAUCUACGCUGUCAGUUGUGUUGCCGUUGACGAAGACUGGGGAGGCGUACCUUUCAAUUGGCUUAACCCAAAUGUCAAAUCACCAUUGACCCGUGUCGAGUUUGCCUAUUGCUGCAUGGACGCCACCGGUCUUUCGGCCUUUCUCGCAAACACACCAGCUCUUGAGGUUUUUAAAUACUCCCACCAAACGAAGUGGGAUGGUCUCGAACACGACUGGAAUGCGGGCGAAAUGCUCGAAACUCUAGCAAACUACAAUAGUGAUACUAUUGUUGAUCUCGCCAUCACCAUCGACGAGCUGCAUGGCGAGGUCGUAAAUGGCCUUUCCUCAUUUCUGCGAUUUACAAAAUUACAGAAGCUGGAGGUUGACGUCGAGUGCUUCUGUGGACCGCCACUGGAGAGCGGACAGCGACAGGGCCGUGAUGCGCAUAUUCCAGAUGGAGCGAGGACAUGGGGGCACAUGGACAUCCCUUGUAUGGGCGACAUGCUUCCGGAGAGUAUGAGAGAGCUGCAUGUCAACACAAACUUCCCAGAGCCGUCUGAGGAGUCGCUCAGGGCUCUCUUCAAGAAUAUCGUAGUGCGACGUAAAGACAAGCUUAUCAACCUGCACACGGCGAUCAUCCGACAAUACGGAUCGUCCAGUGCUGGAAAGAUAGCCGAGAGCCAUGAUGUCAUUUUGGAAGUUUUCGGGGUUGGUGGUGACGGCAACCCCCUCCCUAGAUCCAUGAUGCCACUCUGGAAGAGGGAAUUCAACAGCCGCGUCGGCGGGAUCGUGUUUGUGGAUGGCUAGAGCGAGAACGUAACAUUGGUUUGAGACAACGCGACCUUUUAGGUAUUUCGAAAUCCCAGUGUACGAUCCAUAGGACGCAGGCUUCGACGCGCGCACGGUGCGGCAAUAGUAUACGAUGCUGCAUGCAGGGCGCUUGGGUGAAUUGGUGGCCCUGGGAGACGCCAGAGGUUAUGGCCGACAAACGCCGAUUCGGCCUUCUUUGUACACAUGUUAACAAAAGUCAAUCGAUCUUGAAAGUAAAAAGAAUGUAAGCAUGCACUCUCAAAGAUUGCGAUGUUGCAACGGCC